AUGCGCAACGACAAGCUCAGCGUCAGCGCCCAGCAGAAUGCCCAGCACAAGGCCAUCCUCUCGGCCCUCCUCAAACAGGAGGACAACAGGCGCUGUGCAGACUGCGGGUCGCGGGGUCCCACCUGGGCCAGCGUGAACUUGGGCGUCUUUGUCUGCCUCAACUGCUCAGGCGUGCACCGCAGCCUGGGCGUGCACGUGUCCAAAGUCCGCAGCUGCAACCUGGACACAUGGCUGCCGGAGCAGGUGGCAUUUGUGUCGGCCAUGGGCAACGCACGGGCCGCCGUAUACUGGGAGGCCAACCUGCCGCCCGACUUCCGGCGCCCGCCGGAGAACGACAUGUCGCUGCUGCGCACCUUCAUCACGGACAAGUGA